AGUCAGAGCAAUUCUGCACAGCUGAUGRUUUUCAUAUGAUCUUUUUGUCCGUUUAACUGAAUGAACUGUUAAUUAUUCAUCUUGCCUCGCUUGGCUUCGACAUCRAUCGCUGGACGCCAUAAUAAUUACGUCAUUUCCAAUCGUAGAUUAAGUCAGAUCCUCUUGAAAACCAUUGGGGUUCGGGGACCCUGUAAGUUCGCUUUCCUCAUCAAGUGGGUUUAUUGAACUGUUUAUUUGUUGCUGUUGACGGGAAAUCCUCAUUUACUGAGAUAUAUAAAUGUAUUAAGGCUGCUACACCACAAAUAACGCUGGAGCAAUCAUACUCCUACGUGAAUUGACUUACCUACAGCCUAUUGUACUUAGAAAAGUAUCAAGAUUGUUGUCUUAUUGUGUGGAUUAGCGAUUGGAUUGCUUCGCAAAAUCAGCUGAUGUCAAAAUUUUAGUGUAAUGGCGGAAGGCGUAGAUUCGAGAUGCGUAGAAAUUGAUGCAGAAGAUGAGGGGAAGUCUGCUGAUUCUUCUCACAAAGAGCUCGAAGACCUUGAGAAGCAGUCGAAAGAUGACGGGGAUACAAGUAAGCACUUGAAUUCUCCAAGUGCAUGUAACGAUUCUCCUUCGGAAGUACUCGAGUCCAGGGGAAAUUCAUCAUGCAAGACUAAUACMCAAGGUACUACAGAAAGGACAAGUAAUUUAAUGGAAAAUCCCGAUGUUGGAUGUUCUAAUAAUUCUGUAAAAACUGACGUUAAAAUACAACAAAUUAGAAUUGCUAAUGAUCAAGAUAGGUUAGGUGGAAAACAAGACGUAUUAAUUAAAGGAAAUGACAACUAUUUUCAAAAGACAGAAGACUGGGACAAAGAACUGGAUCAGCAAAAUGCUCAAAAUGUUCCUUCAUUGCAAAGCUCUUGUGCUGAUACAAUUGGAAUCACUGAAGAUUGGGAUCAAGAAAUAAAAGAAUCAGGGAUAACACAGCCACAUUUCAUUCUAAAAAAAGGAGAUGCCUUGAACGAAGAAGUAUUCAAUAUUAAAAUUUUAAAGAAUAUAUCUGAUGUGGACUUAGGUGCUGUAGGUGGUGGUCCCAGUCCAAGCACCGGCGCAGCAUUGCAAUUGUCAGCAAAUGAUAACAUGCAAUCUUUAUAUCAUAUCAAGUGGGUGACAUGGAAAAAUCUGAAUACUCCUAUCAUUACUCAGAAUGAGAAUGGGCCAUGUCCACUUAUAGCAUUAAUGAAUGUAUUGAUUCUACAAAGAAGGAUAAGUAUUCCCCCUGUACAAGAAAUGGUCAGCUCGAACCAGCUAAUGGAAUACCUUGGGGACUACAUACUAACCCAUGCACCAGAGAGGCUUACGGAAGGUGCUCAACUAAAUUAUGAACAAAACAUGGCAGACGCUAUUGGCAUCAUGUGUAAGCUACAGACAGGCUUAGAUGUCAAUGUUAAAUUCACUGGAGUUGCAGACUUCGAAUUCACCCGAGAAUGUCUGGUGUUUGACUUGCUGAAUAUUAGACUCUUACAUGGCUGGCUAGUAGAUCCUCAGAACCAUGAGGCAAUUUUGGCUAUAGGAAGUCUUAGCUAUAAUCAGCUUGUUGAAAAAAUAAUAGCAAGCAAACAAGAGGGAGCGGACUCUAACUUGGCCACUGAAGGUUUUGUAGCUGAAUCAUUUCUUGACAACACUGCUUCCCAGUUAACAUAUCAUGGAUUAUAUGAACUCAAUGCAAAGAUGGAUGAAGAAGAGCUUUGCAUCUUCUUUAGGAAUAAUCAUUUCAAUACUCUAUUUAAACACAAGAAUGAACUCUUUCUACUAGUAACAGACCAGGGUUAUUUAACAGAGGAAAAAGUUAUGUGGGAAACCCUAUCCAAUGUAGAAGGAGAUGGAUGUUUCGUAGACGCUAACCUACAAACCAUUCCUGUAUCUCAACAACCCUCUGCAGAAGCAGCAAAUGCUGGUAGUAAACUACCUACAGGAAUAUCUCAGGAAGAUCAAGAUUAUCUGGUUGCCCUUUCUCUACAAGAAGAACAGACAAAUAUCACCAACAGCAGGGGAAGAGAAUCUUGGGAGCAGGAGGCUAGUGCAACGGCAAAUCUACCACCUCAACCUGAUCCAUCAGCUGGUAUGACUUCACAAGAAUGGUCAGAUUUGCAGUUGGCAAUGCAGUUACAACAAGAAGAGGAGCAAAGGAAUUUACAAUUGCAACAACAACAACAACAACAUCAACAACAUCAGUCUAGAUCACAACCUAGUGAUAGUAGGCCUCGAGGUUCUCCUAGUCACGCUUCAAGUAACCCUUCUCCAUCAAGUCAAUCACCCAGACAGCAGACUCCUUCAGAUCAAAAUAAAGAGUGCACAAUUUUAUAGGAAGAAUCUGAGAGACUAAUAUGUGGAAGUAGUUGAGGUACUUUUGUAUACAGAAAUAGGUGUAUAAAGUAAAAUUAUUUUAGUUAUAAAUUUUGAUUUAAUU